AUGAUCUCACCACAGAGGGGACGUCUUGAGAUUUUACCCUGCACGGUGUCUCAGCUGCUGACAGCUUCCACAGUCAGCAAUGAUAGCUUUGCAAUCCGCGACUGGGAACUCAACCAGGUGUCUGUAGUGGGCGUCGUCAGAGGAUACGCUCCCUUCUCGACAAAUGUCCAGUACUCUGUGGACGACAUGACCGGUCCACCUUUGAAUGUGCAGGAGUGGGUUAACACGGAGGUCUGCACUCCGAUGACAUUUGCUUCUCCUCCUGGAAAAUAUGUGAAAGUUAUAGGAAGUCUACGGAAUUACGAAGGUCAAAGGUCAUUGCUGGCAAUGACUAUCCGUCAUAUCAAGGACCUGAAUGAGAUCACAUCCCACAUGUUGGAAGUGGUACAAGCUCACAUGCAGCGUUUUGGAAAGAUGUUUGAUGUGAACAUGAAUACCACUGCUUCCCCGCUGCCCGGAAGAGCCCUCAGCCGGCCUGAUGGACAUUCUGAAGGCAUCUUACCACAUGGUUUGUCCAGCAUGCAGGGGGAGGUGUUGCAAGUAAUCAGGAGAUUCUCCGUCCGUACUGAUGGUAUCGGUUUUGACAAUCUGAAGACUGAGCUGGGCUACCUCAGUAUGAAAGACAUCAGGACAUCAUUGACAUUUCUGACAAAUAAAGGCCAUGUCUUCUCUACUAUUGAUGACAAUCAUUUCAAGUCAACAGAGCAUUAG